GCUCGUAGAUCACAAGAUCCCCGUAUGACAUGGAAUAAAAUGCUGGAGCUGGAGCUGGACUAGGAACUAGCUUAUACUCUUUAGGAAGGCAUCGACAUCGCGUUGUUAACUUAAUAGACCAAUCCUGAAAUAAGAACAGAAUAAAUUCCACUCUGACGUUCAUGACGCUGGUCACCGAGCUUGGAAGAAGUUUAAAAAAUGACUAAUCUUCCUAUUUUUGGUCUUGGAACUUACUGUAUGAGAGGUACAGAUACUGUCUACAAAUGUCUUGACACGGCUCUGAAGCAUGGAUAUCGUCUUAUUGACACAGCUACUGUUUACAAGAAUGAAAAAGACAUUGGUCAUGCUUUGAAAGAGCUUCUUCCAAAACAUGGACUCUCAAGAUCUGAUAUCUUUAUCACAAGUAAACUGGCUCCAGCAGACCAAGGUGAGAAGGCAUACGAUGCAUGUCUGCUUUCAUUGACAAAUCUUCAGACAGAUUAUCUUGACCUCUACCUCAUACACUGGCCUGGAACCCAGAAAUUGAAGCCAGAUGAUCCUAGAAAUGUGGAGAACAGACAAGUAAGCUGGAAAGUACUGGAGAGAUUACACAAGGAAGGAAAGUGUAAGUAUAUUGGAAUUUCAAACUACAUAGUGAGACACAUGGAAGAGCUCUUGACAUAUGCUGAAAUUCAACCAGCUGUAAACCAGAGUGAAUAUCAUCCUCUCUUUUUAAAUAAAGAUGUUGUGGAAUAUUGUCGGAGAAAGGGUAUACAGUUUCAAUCAUACUCGACACUAGCAAGAGGAGAACUGCUGACCAAUCCUACAGUAAUGUCCAUUGCAGACGGAAUAAAACAUAAACCUUGCCAGGUCAUCCUCAAAUGGGCCAUGCAGGAUGGAAUAGGUGUGAUACCCAUGUCUACCAAGCCUGAUCAUAUCAUUGAUAACUGUGAUGUACAUGAUUGGUCUCUCACAGAUGAUGAUAUGAAAGUGUUACAUAACCUCAAAGAAACAAAAAAAUGUGCCUGGGAUCCUACAGCGAUCAUUUGAAUAAGAGAGAAAUGUAUAAUUAGAAACCCCUUUGGGGGAUAUUGACAGAAGCAUUUUUUUGUUGUGGGUAGUGGUAUGUUGGGAAAAGUAGGAAUACAAUAAUUCAUUUAUAAGCCCAACCAGCCAUACCACAAAUAGUUGUAUAGACCAGUUCAUGGUUAGCACAUGUCCCAAAUGACCCAUAAUAUCCACAGAUCUUCAAAACAUGAAGAGGUCCCACUUUGUACAUUUUGAAAUAAUCACUCCUA